AUGAAACGGCAUAGGGAUAUCGAUCCGCGUCCCCGGCAGCAGCGGGCAAGUCACGGCGUGCCGUCCGAUGGCUGUGGCGCAGGCGCGGUGCUGUGGCUCGCGAGGGAGCUCUCCACUUCGCCGACGUGGCAGCAGCGGAUGGCGGUCGUCGUCUCGCACGACCGCAGCCGCGGAAACUACUCUGGUUGGGCGAAGCGGCGCGCGCAGCAGCAGCUGACGCACGAGCGGGAGAUGGAGUCGAAGCGGCGGAUGAUCGCGGAGCUGCGCGCGUUCAAGCCGCUCGGCUCGACGCCAAAGCGCUUUCCCCCCGCGCUCCGGCAGCUAGUCGAGGGACACGGCCUUGAUCGGCUGCAGUGGGAUCGGCCGAGCGGCUCGGCACAGGGUGGCCUGCUCGAGUUCGAGCUCGACGCAAUCCUGCUGCACAUUUUGAGUGCCGAGCUGGCCGUGACAGCGUUUUCGCAGUUUUUGUGGUUUUCCACGUGA